AUGGUUGACGACGAAUACCGAAAGGAUAGGAAGUUCGAAAGUGGGUUGCGUGGACCGAUACAGGACCGAGUGAACAUGCUCAACAUGCUGACUUACGCCGAAGUGUUAGACAAGGCCAUUCUAGCAGAAGCUAACCUGAACCGAUACCAGAGUUCAGGAGAGAGCCAGAAGAAGAGACAGAAUUACGACAAUCAUCGAGGAGCAUUUGAUGCCAGGAAGAAGACAAACAUAGGCAGUUCGAGUUAUUCAAGACAGGAAGGUGGCACUAGGCCGACAUGUUCAAGUUGCGGGAAGACACAUUCUGGAGUUUGUUGUUGGGCGUCUAGAGCUUGCUUUGAAUGUGGUGAAGUAGGUCAUCGUGUGGAAGAUUGUCCGAAGGCAAAGGCUAAUGAUGGUAAGAAGAAUGAGAACACCUCGGGUCCGGCGCAGAAAGGCAAUGUCAGGAAAGGACAGAUGAGGCAGGGCAGAGUUUUUGCUCUAGUGCCAGGGGACACCCAGAACGCCGAGACAGUAGUGUCAAGUAUACUUCCUAUUUGCUCUCAAGGUGCAUAUACAUUGAAUGAUUCGGGUUCUACUCAUUCAUUUGUGUCUACUAAGUUUGCUGAGAAGUUCAGUAAAGCAAACUCAGUAGUUGACGUGUUGAGCAGGAAAAUAGAUGGGAAUUUGGCAUGCCUAGCGAUGAUUUCAGUGGAGCCGACUAUUAUUGAGGAAGUGAAGACCAGGCAGAUGGAGGAUGGAUUCUUCAAGAAAGUGGUUGAUGAGUUUGUCACCAAGCCGAGGUCAGGGUACACCAUCGAGAAUCAG